AUGGGUAACGAAACAUCUACGUCGGGUAGAGAAGCCUUUGACAAAUAUAAAUCUAUAUUACCAGGUGAUGCGCAAUCAUGGCUACAUUGGGACUAUAUUGUUUACUUAAGAAAAAUUAUUGAGGAAAAUGAACCAUGGAAAAAUCAAGAUUUUUUGAAUCUUUUAAGGAUUAUCUUGAAACAUGUUCCAAAUCCAGAAGAACAAAAAUUUUGUUAUUGGAUUAAGAUACAAAAAGAAAUAUUCGACGCAGUAAUGAAAAACCAUAACCAUGUGUCUUACACGUGGGAAGAUCAUGCACAUGGUGUACUAAAAAAUUCUAAUAAAACACAAAGGUUUAUGUCGUUAAAUUGUACUAAAUUAGACAAAAACGAGAAAGAUACUAAAACACCUAUAAAUGGAUGUAAUUUUAGUACUGUAGAACUUAGUACAUGUUUUCCUUUUCGUCGUAGAAAUAUAUAUUUAGAUGGAAUAGAAAGUCAUGUUGAUAAUAUAACGAGAUUAAUAUCCUUAAUGAAUUCUGCCAUUACAAAGGCCAGUAUGAUUUUUGGUAUUAUGGCUACUUCUCUAGGAACAAAAGCUAAACAAGAGAUUUAUCAUUUGAGGAAAAAAGGAAAAGCAGAUGAUGAAAUUUGUAAGAUUAUGCAACGCAAUUUUGCUGAUUACAAAGAUCUUUUUGAUGGAAAAGAUAUAGUUUCUUACAAAAAAUCAAGGCAAUUACAAUGUAAAUUAAAAAAAAUACAUGACAAGUUACAAAAUGAAUUAAACGAUGAACAAAUUUACCAUAGAUUAUGGAACACGCAUUUUAAAAACCCAACUGAUGAAUUAUUAAAAGAUAUAAAAAAUGAAGAUGCACAAACAUGUCAGUUAUAUAAUGAAUCACAAACAAAACCUCAAUGUAUACGUUUUUUAGAAGAAUGGUUCGAGGAUUUUUUAAAACAAAAACAAAAUAUCCAAAAUCAUAUAAUACAUACAUGUAUUAAUAAAAAAUCUAAAUCAAUACAUUUGUUUGAUGGUGUAAAUAGUGAAGUAAUGUGUAUAGCUUAUUGUAAGGGUUAUACAGAUUUUCUACAAAACUAUAAAUCUUGUUAUCAAACAUAUCUUAAAAAAUGCACAGAAAAUAUUAUAAAUUCAACAAAUAAUGGUAGUAAAAGUAAUGGAGAAUCAGUUGCAGAGGCUGAAAUAAAUGCGACAUUAAGACAAUUAAAGAAUAAACUAAAAUGUCCAAUAAAUAUUUGUGGAGAUCAUAUAGUUGAUUUAUCACCAUAUUUUGACCUAAAUGAUCGUUUUUUUCCUUUACAUAAAGGUUACAUUUGCGGGUGUCAAAACAACAGUGGUAAUAACAAUUACAAACGUUUGUUCAAUAACGGUGGCCACUAUACCAACCUAGAAACUAUCCUGAACGAAUUGAGUUUAUGUUCGAUGAAUGAUGAUGAUUUGGACGGAACAGUUGGUGGAAAUGGAGAAAAAGUGGUUACAAAGAGUGGUAUUGUAAAAGAUAUAUGUGGUGUCAAUUAUUAUGAUUCGUUCAUUACAAAACGGAAAUUGUCAAACCCGUGCGGAAAGAAUACUAUAAAAGGUAAAACAUGGAUAUGUGAUGGAAAAACAGGUGAAGAACGACUUAUGCAUGAGUGGAAAAAUAGAGCAUGUAUGCCUCCAAGAACACAAGUGUUAUGCUUAGGAUUUAUGGGAAAUAAAGAAAAUCAAUUUUAUAAUGAUGCCGGCACCUCGAUCGAAAGUAGCCAAAAACUUUUGACUGAAAUGCUAGUUGCGGCCAAAUAUGAAGGCGAAAAUAUAAAAAAAUUUUAUAAAGGAAACACAAAUAAUGAAAAGACGAAAUUAUGUAACGCUUUGAAAUACAGUUUUGCCGAUUUAGGGGAUAUUCUUCGCGGACGAAGCAUAUGGGAAAACGGAUAUAUCCAGAGGAUGGAAAACAAUUUAAGAACGAUAUUCCACAACAUAUAUAAUAAUUUACCAAAUGAUAAAAAAGGUUUAUAUAAUGAUAAUACUAAGAGUUAUUAUUAUUUGCGAGAAACGUGGUGGAAUACUAAUAGAGAAUAUAUAUGGAGAGCAUUACUAUGUGGUGCAGGAAUGAACACAUAUAAUCGUUGUGGCGGUGUCAUCCCAAAUAUCGACUAUAUGCCGCAAUUUUUACGCUGGAUAGCCGAAUGGAGCGGUAAUUUCUGUGAAGAGAAAAACACAUACGACAUAACAUAUAAUCACAUAGAUAACGUAAAAAAAGAUAAGAAUAUCGAAUCUAUGUGCAGAGGAUGUAAUGCAGAUGGAGGAAAUGAGUGCACUAAUAGUUUUCCUAAUGUUGGCCGUGCAGCAUCAACUCCUACAUGUUCAGAAUGUAAAAGUACGUGCCAAAAAUAUAAAGAUUGGGUACGAAAUCAAAAAGGACAAUAUGAUAAACAAAAGAAAAAAUAUGACGAAGAAAUAAUAAAUGCACAAAAUAAAUCUAGUAAGUCAUUACGAAGUUUACAAGGUCAAUCCGUAUAUGGAAUUAAUGAUCAAUCAGUUACUGAAUUUUUUAAAAAAAUUGAAAAGGAUUACCCUGAUGUUAACAAAUUUUUGGAUGAAAGGUCGCAACAUACUGGGUGUAAUAUAAAUGUGGAUCGGGUGGAUUUUACAAAGGCAAAUGAUGAACACAAUAAUCCUUAUAACCCAUUUAAUUUAAAACAUAAACACUGUAAAACAUGCGAUGAACAAAAACAUCUUCAAGAUUUAUUUGGAGAGAGAAUGCUUGAAGGAGGAAUGGCAGGAUCACCUCCGGGGUAUACGCCGCCAUCACCGGCUCCGCCAACAAAUGAUAGUGGUGGAAGAAAAAGUCACCCACAGACACCACAAAAUACUACCACUUCAACUACCACAAGUACUGCACAAACAAGACCUGAUGCUAUAAAUAACGAAUGUUAUCGUGUAUUAAAAGACAUGUCCAAUUAUUGGAAUUGUAAUCAAAAAGAUAACGCACAAAAUAUAUCUUUUUGUAAACUAGAAAAUGAUAGUACAUCGUCGGUAAACGACGAAGAUUUUUCCACGUUAUUCGAAAAAUGGAUAGAAUUAUUUUUAGAAGAAUAUAAAAUUCUUAAGAAUAAAAUAGAAGAAUGUAAUAAAAAUCAAAAUGAUUGCCCUGAUGAUUAUUGCAAGUUAAAAUGUUAUUGUUUAAAUAAAUGGUUAAAUAGAAGAAAAAAGGAAUGGACAAAGCAAAAAGAAUAUUUCGAAAUGAGUAUGAAACCAAGCAAUAAUGCUCGAGUUGCAGAUUUUGAAAAUCUAUAUAACCUUGAUGUUUAUUUUAAGACACAAUUUGAAAAAACAUUUCUUAAGGCAUUAGGUCAAGAAACAAGUUACCAUGAACUACAAUUAAAUUCAGGAAAAAACGAUCCUUUAAAACCAAUAUUAAUAAAAUCACAAGAAUUGAUUGAUGAAUGUAUACGUAAAUGUCCCAAAAAACUUGAAUGUAGUGAAAAAGGGUUCAAGAACGAGUGGGAGUGCGACAAAACCACAAUUGCAAAGGGUGGCGUAAUUGGUGCCUCUGAGACUGAAAUAUGUUUAAAAAAAGGUGAUAACAAAUAUGGACAAGCAAAUAUGGAUAGAGUAGAAGACGUGUAUCAAUUUUAUGACUCGUUCGAGGAAUGGAUUGAUUAUAUGGAAAAAUCAAUAAAUGAAAAAAUGAAAAUACUGAAAAACUCGUGUCAUAGCACACAUAGGUUGUCACGUGAUAGUGGUAGUGGUAGUGCGUUGGAUUGUGAAACGUGCAAUGACGAUUGUAAAUGUUACGAUACCUGGAAAGGUAAUAUCGAAAAACAGUGGGGAAAACUGCAAGGUUACUACGAAAACUACAAAAACAAAAGUGGUAAUAACAUGCAAGGUAUUGAAUUGAAUGUUUUUUUGGAAGCAUUAUGUGAAACGAAAUAUGGCGAAAAUAGUACUCAGGACGAUAUAUGUACUAAACUUAAAGGUGACAAAAAAAAUUUUGUUGAGGGAUUAUUAGAUAAACACAAGGAAAAUAAUUCUAAAAUAUGUGAUGUGUGCGAAGAAAAAAAGAAAUAUAACAAAAAGGUUGACGAUAGUACAUGUAGUAGAAUUGUGGCUUAUAGUGGUGUUUGUAAUGUAAAAUCAUUCGAUAUAAUAGAAGAUAAUGGAAACGAAAAAACAACAUGGUCCUGUAAGAAUAAUAAUAAUAAAAAACCAUCCCAAGAUUUAGAAAACGAUGUAUGUGUCCCUCCAAGAGGACAAAAAAUAUGUAUAUCAAACAUGUACAGAAGUCAAAAUAUAGUGCCUACUGCAUUUAAUGAUACAACUAAAAUGAAAGAAACAUUAAAAUCUGCAAUAAAAAAAGAAACACAAUUAUUAUGGGAAAAUUUCGGAUCAAAAGAUAACGAUAAAGCUUGUAGAUUAACACAUAGAAGUUUUAAUGAUUUCAAACAUAUGGUUUUAGGUGACAGCUUGUGGAAACCUGAUAGUUUCAAGAAAAUACAUAAUAAAAUUAAAGAAAAACUUGAGCAAUAUAAAGACUCAAAAACUACUAAUUCAAGUAAAACACCUGAGGAAUGGUGGAAAAAACAUGAAGCCGAAUUUUGGAAUGCUGCAAAAUGUGGGAUCAAAGAAAGUGGUACACCUAAGGCCACUGGUUUGGAAUGCCCCCGACUCAUUAAUGAUGAUGAUCAAUUUGAAUGGUGGGCAAAAGAAUGGUCGGACGAUUUUUACGAUAAAAGAAAAGAAUUGGCGGGACAGGUGGAAGACAAAUGUAGUGGUGGUAAGAAUAAUUGUAAUGGUACUAAUACGAUAACUGAUGCAACGUGUCAAUCCAAAUGUACCCAAUAUAAAAGUUUUCUUACACUUAAACGGAAAGAGUGGACAAAAAAUUUCCAAGCAUAUUUAAAAGAACAAGAAACGAAGAACCCUGAUAAAUAUUCGGAAGAAAUAUUCUAUUUAUUAAACCCUUGUACUUAUCAGAGUUGUGACAAAGCAUAUAUUACAGCAUUAUUAAGUGAGACUAAACAAUAUGGAGAUAAAGAAAAAAUAUGUAAUUGUGACAAAUCACAAACACAAGAGACAGAUGAUCCGUGUGAUAAUAAAUUUGAACAUUACGGUUGUUCUCCAAAAAAGUUUGAUAAAAAUAUUUGGAGUAGUACAUAUGUGAAAAAUCCUAAAGAUCGAGGUAAAGUUUUUGCUCCUCCAAGACGUAACAGUAUAUGUAUCGGGUGGUUAUUCUCUCCAAUUAGAGAAACAAAUAAAGAUAAAACCAAAGGUGAAUUGAAACAAAAAAUUAUGGACGCAGCAAAAGGGGAGUCUCACUACUUACACAAGUAUUACACAAGUAUCAGCGGUAGCCAAGCUGAUAGCGCCCCCACAUCACCCCCACCUGGAUAUUGUGAUGCAUUGAAACGUUCGUUCGCAGAUAUUGGAGAUAUGGUUAAAGGUACAGAUAUGUGGAUGGCGGGGUAUUCUCCGCUCGUGGAAAAAAAUAUAUACAAUAUAUUUGCAAUGACGGAUGUUGGUGGUAAAACACCUAGUGAGGAACAAAUCAAAGAGGAUCGAAAAAAAUGGUGGGAUCAAAAUAAAGGUGCCGUGUGGGAAGCAAUGAAUUGCAAAGACAAUAAUUGUGGAUCUACCACCCCAGAGGAUGACAAGAAACCUCAAUUUUUGCGAUGGCUAGAAGAAUGGUCCGAACACAUGUGCGAAAGGAAAAAAAAACAUAUGGAUGAAUUUGAAAAAUUGUGUAAUGAUGGAAAGGACGUCGAAAAAGAUAAAAAUUGCAGCAAAGGAAGUGAACAUUGCAAACAACAGUGUAAUAGAUAUAAUAGAUGGAUAACUACCCAUAAAAACGAAUGGUUAGGCCAAAAAUCUAAAUACGAAGUAAUAUUGAAUGAUAAGUUCGAUGAAAAUUAUGAUGAUUUUAAACAACAUAUAAACGGUAAUGCAGAUGCAAAUACAUAUAUAACAUCCAAGAAUGAUAAAUGCAAAAACAGUGGUGGUAACCAUAUAAAUGUUGAUGAAGUGUUCAAAAAAAUAGAUAAAGAUUAUAAAGAAUACGAACCCUUCUGCACAACGUGUCGAAUCAACGAUAUAGCUGAAAAGGCAAAAGAGAAUACACGUGUUAAUCCAUGUGGAGAUAAAAGUGGCAAACAUGUGCGUGUGAAACAAGUAGCAAAAGAGAAACAAAAUGAUGCAAAUCAACAAAUGAAAACAAAUAGUGUCAAUGGUAGUGGUGAGAGUAAGUUGAAAGCAAAACCAGAGGAAGGUGAAUAUAAGCAUAACGGUAAUGCAAGUACAUUGAAAGAUAUAUGUAGUAUAACGUACAAACAUUCUAAUGAUAAACGUACAUAUAAUAGUGAUUAUAAAGGUCCUUGUACAGGCAAAGGUGAAACUAAAAAAGACAGAUUUUCCAUAGGAAAAAAAUGGGACACAAAGAACGAUGUCAAUCCAAAGCAUAGUGAUGUAUUAUUUCCUCCAAGAAGAUUAGAUAUGUGUACUUCGAAUUUAGAAAAUUUAGAUGUGCAUAAUGCCACCGGAUUCAAAGAUGGCAAUAAAGUUAAUAACUCUUUUUUGGGGGAUGUGUUAUUGACAGCAAAAAUUGAAGCAGAAAACAUAAAGGAACUCUAUGAAAAAAAUGAUGGCAAAAUUGGUCUAACUGACACAAAAGACCAAGAAACUGUAUGUCGUGCUAUGAAAUAUAGUUUUGCAGAUAUUGGGGAUAUUAUAAGAGGUCGAGAUUUGUGGAGCAGAAACCAUGAUAUGAAGAAUCUAGAAGAUAAGUUGAAAGAAAUUUUUAAAAAGAUUAAAGACAAACAUCCUGAUGGUGCUAACAAGUAUUCUAAUGGUGCCACUGAAACCCCCCAGUAUAAAACACUACGUGAACAUUGGUGGGAAGCUAAUAGAGACCAAGUAUGGCAAGCAAUGUUGUGCGUAAAAAUCAACGGUACUAAUGUUCCAUGUGGUACUACUACCACUCCUUUUGACGAUUAUAUCCCCCAACGGUUACGAUGGAUGACGGAAUGGGCCGAAUGGUAUUGCAAGGCACAGAAAGUGGAGUAUGACAAGGUGAUGAGUAAAUGUAAGGAUUGUACGAGUGGAAUAUGUGCAAAAUGUAAAGAUUGCCAAGAAGCCUGUGGAAUAUAUAAAGAUUUUAUUAAUAAAUGGAAAGAAGAUUGGAAAAAACAAAAAAACAAAUACGAACAAUUAUACAGAGAAGCAAAAAGUAGUGGUAGUGGUGCUACUGAUGAAAAUCAGAAAUAUCUUGAUGAAUUUUUACAAAGAUUACGAACAGCACAAAAUGGGAAUAAAACAUAUGAAAGUGCUGCAGGGUACGUGCACGAUAUACUUAAAGAUACAGGUUGCGAGAAACAAAAUGAAUUCUGCGAAAACAAACCUGAUGGUACUAACAACGACAAAUAUACAUUUCGUACUCAACCUAGUGGUUAUGAUACCGCGUGCGGGUGCGAUAGUAAGACGCCAUGUGAUGUGGUGAAAUCACUUUUGGAGGGUAAAGGGGGAAAUGACAAUAUAGAUAGUUGUAAUCCAAAAAUAACAAGUGGAAAUCAGCAACCUCCUGAAUGGAAGUGUGGUAAAGACAAAAUUGAUACGAAAUAUGGUGAUGCAUGUAUGCCUCCUAGAAGACAAAAAUUAUGCGUACAUAAUUUAGAACAAGAGAACGAAACAAAAACAUCAAAGGGAUUAAAGGAAGCUUUCAUUAAAUGUGCUGCAAAAGAAACGUUUUUUUUAUGGCAUAAAUAUAAAACUGAUCAUAGUAGUGACGCCGCAAAAUUAAAAGAAGAAGGAACUAUCCCUGAAGAGUUUAAAAGAGAAAUGAUGUAUACGUUAGGAGAUUAUAGAGAUUUAUGUUUAGGAAAAGAUAUGGGUAACGAUGUUACUAAAGUAAAUCAGAAAAUAACUGCUGCCUUGAAAAAACUUAAAAAAAGUGAUGACACAGAACGUACAAAUUGGUGGAAAGAAAUUGAGAAAGAUGUAUGGAAAGGAAUGUUAUGUGCCCUAUCACAUGAUAGCACAGAAAAAAAAGUGGAAGAUAGUGUUCUACAAAAAAUCGAAAAACAAAACGACUACAACAACGUGACGUUCGGUGAUGGUAAAACCACUGGUGUGAAGUUAUCCACUUUUGUUGAGCGGCCUCAGUUCCUCCGAUGGAUGACCGAAUGGGGGGAACACUUUUGUAAAGAACACAAGGCGCAGUUGGAGACACUAAGUCAGGAGUGUACGGGGUGUACUACCACUGUUACGAGUGGCACAACAACAUGUGUAGAUGUUAGUAAAUGUACGAAGUGCAAAGAACACUGUCCAAAAUAUCAAAAAUUUAUUAAUGAAUGGAAAGGACAUUAUAAUAAACAAAGUGGGAAAUUCAAGGCAGAAAAAGGUAAUUCUGAAUAUAGCGUUGAUAGUGACGUAGAAAAUUCAUCAAAUGCUCGAGAAUAUUUAAAAAAAAAAUUAGAAAAAAUGCAAUGUACAAAGAAUGGAACUAGUCAAAAAUGUGAUUAUAACUGUAUGAAUGAAGAGUCAUCACAACAAACACAAAAACAAGCAAGUGGUAAUGAAAAAAUGCCAAAAUCGUUAGAUGAAUACCCAACUGAGGAUUAUAAAACUAAGUGUUCUUGUCCUAAGCCGGAGGCGGGGAAACCAAACCCUGGUAAGUCACAGGACACCGCUGGUAAAGGACAACCGCAACAACCACUAAAACCUGCAGGACGUAGUAAUUCUCCGUCUAGCACGAUUUACUUUAAUCCACAUGGAGCACCAGCACAUAUUGACGUCACAUUUAAUAGUAACACGUCUCCUACUACUCCCUCGUCUAACCAGGGUAAUCCCUCGGCUAGUGACCCGGCUGCUGGACCCCCACCCCAAAAUGGUGGUACUAGUCAAACUGGUGGUAAAGAUCCAAAUAGUGGUAGUACUUCCUCUUCUUCUUCUUCGUCGUCAUCAUCAUCAUCCAGUAGUUCUAGUAGUAGUAUUAGUAGUAGUAGUGGUGGUAGUAUUACACCACAAGAUGGUGCAGCUAGUGGUACACCUGGUGGACAGUUAUCACCUGGACAGUCGCAAGCAUCAGCAAAACCUCCAACUAAAGGACGAUAUAUUACCGGAGGUUCAACGUGGCGUCCAGAAUACAAAGGGGAUGGAAAAAUAGAUACAACACUUAACACAAAUAGCACAUAUAUUUAUAGUACUUCCACAACAUCUCCUGAACCUACCAAAACCAAAAAUAUAGCUAAACCUUCUACUUAUCCUAUGAAUUGUGCAGAACAAGCUGCGGAUCAAUUAAGGAUGGAUGCGGAAAAUUCUUUAGAUACGGACACUAAACUAAAAGGAACAAAAGCAGAAGAUGUAUAUGAACAAAAAACGGGUACCAAUGGUGAUACUACAUGCGAAAUUAAAAACGACUCAUCAUCUGGACAAAGUUAUAGCUGUGAUGGAAAUACAAAUGGAAAUCCGUUUGAUGAUAUAGACAAAUGGGAUUUCCCUAAUGCAACAAAUAGUGUAUUCGAUGCUUAUAUAUGUUCGCCUCCAAGAAGGAAACAUAUGUGCACGAAACUAUUAGAAGAAUUAAAUACAACAACAACCACAUCAGAUGAAUUGUUCAAAGAAGUAUUGCGUACAGCAGUAAAGGAAGGAAAACAUUUGAAAGAACAAUGGGAAAAAACGCAAAAUACAACGAAAAAAAACCAAAUAUGUGAUGCUAUGAAGUACAGUUUUGCCGAUUUGGGAGAUAUAGUAAGAGGUACAGAUAAAUAUAAAGGUACAAAUGGUACUAAUAGUGGUAUUAAUAGUUCAAAAAUUCAAGAAAAUGUAAAAGCUAUUUUUGGAAAAAUAAAAAACGAAAAUAGUAUUGAAUCGAAAUAUCCUGAUGAUACAUCUGAUUUUCAUAAAUUACGUUCCGCCUGGUGGGAUGCUAAUAGAAAGGACGUAUGGAAAGCUAUAACUUGUUCUGCACCAGAUAAUGCUUAUUUUAAGAAAACAAAUACAGAUGGAACAGGAAUUCAAAUUAUAACUUUGUCAGAACAUAAAAAAUGUGGACAUAAUUCAGAACCUCCUGUUGACGACUAUAUCCCACAACCUUUUCGAUGGUUAACUGAAUGGUCAGAAUAUUUCUGUAAAGAACUAAAUAAAAAACUGGAUGAAAUGAAAAAAGAGUGUGUUGAAUGUAAAGAUAAUGAUGGGAAAUGUAAAAAUGAUACAAAUGGAAACAUAUGUGAAAAUUGCGAAAAAAUAUGUAAAUCGUACAGUGAUUUUGUUGAUAAAUGGGAAGAGAAAUUUAGGAAUCAAAAUAAUAAUUAUAAACAAUUGUAUAUGAAAAACACAAUUACCAGUAGUAGUACGAAUAUGGAUAAUGAUGAGAAGUUUUUGAAAAAAAUAAAAGUAACUUGUAAUGAACCUAAUUCUGUUGAUAAAUAUCUUGAUAAAACGAACAAUUGUAAAAAUUUCAUAUUUAGUAAUAAUAGAAAUUCCAUUUCUGGCCGUAUGUACGCUUUUCAAACAUAUCCCCAAGGGUACUACAAAGCUUGUAAAUGUAAGGAAAUUUCAUCUAAUAAUACAGCUGGAAGUAGUGGAGGAUGGUUUAAUUUCGGGUGGCCAACAUUUCUUAUACCAAGAUUCAAAUGGAUGAAUAAAAUGGGUGUUGGAUGGCUACAACCGAGAAUACCUCCAUUUGUUCAUCCUAUGAAUAUUGCAAAUCAAGUUGCCGAUACCGUUCUAUCAAAACAAGAAGCUGUAAAAGAAGCUACACAAACAAUAAACAGUACCGUGGACAAUGUUUCCAAAUCUAUAAAAACGACAGCUCAACAAGCACAGGAGGUGCUAAAAAACAUAUUGAUCCCUGGAAAUACUCAACAGAAUGAUACCUCAACUCAUAGUACUACGCCCAUAACUCCAAACCAACCAACACCUGAGCCCCCUAUAAGCUCUAGACCUGAAAUAUACGUUCCAGCAACAAGUUUAGGCCUCUUCAUUCUAGGAUAUGUUCUCUAUAAAUGGAGAAGUCCUAUUAGAAGUAAACGUCAUGUCGACGAUAUUAUCCGGAUAUUAGAAAUGUCACAAAACGAUUAUGGAAUGCCUGAUAAGGCAUCCACCAAUAGGUAUAUCCCAUAUGGUCGAUACAAAGGCAAAACAUACAUAUAUGUCGAAGGAGAAGAAACGGAUGACUAUAUUCGUGACAUAUCUUCCUCUGAUAUUACUUCUUCGUCCGAAAGUGAAUUUGAAGAACUGGAUGUAAAUGACAUAUAUCCAUAUAAAUCGCCUAAAUAUAAAACUUUGAUCGAAGUGGUACUAAAACCAAGCAAUAAAACAUAUGAUGCAGAAAAUACACAUAUAGAUAAUGUAGUGGAUACUAGCUAUAUACCAAGUGUUAAAUAUAGUGACAAACAUAGUGAUAUACCAAGUGAUAUACGAAGUGGUAAUACAAAAAGCGUAACAACAAGUGACAUCCCCACCAAUAAACCUACAGAUGAAGAAUGGAAUCAGUUGAAACAUGAUUUUAUUUCACAAUAUUUAAAAGAUUUACCAAAUGGGAUGGAUCAUGAAUUACCUAAUGAAAAUACCGUUGAUGACAAUAUGUAUAAGGAUACACAACCUAAUAUUACACACGAUAGUAUGGAAGAAAAACCUUUUAUUACACAAAUUGAAGAUAUAUUUCUUGAUAAUAGUCGUGAAGAGAUUACUUAUAAUAUAAAUUGGAAUGUUCCAAAAAAUACACAGAUAUAUUCUAACAUUACACAUACGCCUAAAAAAAAUAGUUUAUAUAGCGGAGCUGAUUUAAUUAAUGAUUCAUUAAAUGGCAACCAACAUAUUGACAUAUAUGAUGAGUUGCUCAAACGAAAAGAAAUUGAAUUAUAUGGGACAAAGCAUCCAAAAAAUACAGGUUUUAAUCGUGUUUCCAGUAUAAGUAAUAAAAAUCCAUUAGAAAACUAA